CCCAAUUGGCUCUUCGGGCAUAAUGAUAAGCCUACGAAAUUUGUUGAAUCGCAAGUCAUCAAUUUUGAUUUACUACCUACCUACCUAAGGUACCUCAUUUCGUCAUCAUCCGAACUUAUCCUAGGUACCUAAAAUCAAGCAAUGCUAGCAACCGCGCCAUUAUGAAGCUCUACGCCAUCGGAGAUCUCCACCUGAGCUACGAGUUCAACAGAAAAGCGCUGCAGGAACUCAAGCCGCACCCGGACGACGGGCUGAUCCUAUGCGGCGACAUAGGCGAGACGGCCGAGCACCUGGAGCUCGCCUUCUCGGCGGCGAAGCGUAACUUCAAGGAGGUGUUCUGGUGCCCCGGCAACCACGAGCUGUACACGAUGCAGUCGUCGCGGCCGGACCUGCGCGGCGAGAGCAAGUACGAGUUCUGCGUGGAGACGGCGCGCAGGCACGGCGUGCACACGCCCGAGGACGAGUUCGUGCGAUGGGAGGGGGAAGGCGGGCCCGCCGUCGUCGCCCCCAUAUUCACCCUGUACGACUACAGCUUCCGCCCCGCGGACGUGAGCCGCGACAAGGCGCUGCGGUGGGCCGAGGAGACGGACACGGUGGCGACGGACGAGUUCCUGCUGCACCCGGACCCGUACGCGACGCGGGACGAGUGGUGCCGGGCGCUGGUGCGGAAGUUCGAGGCCAAGCUCGCGGAGGCGGCGGCCGCGCACCCAGACGCCGGGCUCGUGAUCGCGAACCACUGGCCGCUGCGGGAGGACCUGGUGUACAUACCGCGGGUGCCGCGGUUCAGCCUCUGGUGCGGGACCAAGGAGACGGAGGACUGGCACACGCGGUUCCCGGCCAAGGUGGUGGUGUCGGGACACCUGCACGUGCCGCGGACGGACUGGAAGAAGGGCGUCCGGUUCGAGGAGGUCAGUCUCGGGUACCCGAAGCAGUGGGGGGACGUGCACGCCUCGGGCAGGGAUAUCAACGACGUGCUGAGGGAGAUAUUGCCCGGGCCGGAGGCGCCGCUGGGCGGGGAGGCGGAGAUGAGGUGGCGGAGGUGGGUGUGAUGGAAAUACUAGGUAGGGGUGGAGGGAGGUCAGAAGAGAGAAGGGGGGGAUGAGCAUGAGGUAUGGGGCAUGAGGUAUGAGGUACGAGGUACGAGGACAAAUACGGAUUACAUGCAUGAUAGAGGUAUGAGAUACGAGGCAUUACAUUGUUUCCCGGUAUAGAGAAGGCAUUAUACGGCCCAUACAUUCUUUGCCCGCUUUUAGAUUGUUCAUCACCGUUCUAAAGUAGAGGUCUAGUGACACGAACUUAGUGUUUACGAGAUCCGAAUCAAGAUAGAUGAGAUAUAGAAGUUAGUGCACCAAGGAAACGUGUAAGUUUUGCUCGUAGCUUGAGAUAGCCCGGCGCGGAAAUCGAUAAGAUUUCACGAGAGCUUCAUGAUAAGUUAAGACUCUUAAGGAGGUAAUUAAGGCAGCAUGAUAAGACGGAGUGAAUGAUUUUUAACGACUUAAAACUCCUCUAAUAUAUACUUAUAUAGAAUGUUCGUUUCAUACCGGCAACGGAGUAUGAUUGAAAGUAGUAAGAAUGGUAGCAACUUACUUAUGAUGACCUCUUUACCUAACGGCAGCAGCCAGUUCUUUAACAUACUUGCAGGUAGAAGGUAGC